AAUAUUUACAGAACUAGUUUAAGUUGCUAUGCAGGAUUUCACACACCUGCUGCUAUUUGGUCCACUGUCAUUGGAACACACAUACACUGUUUAAGUCAGUUGAAGUGCAAAACGGGAAACUAUUCAGAAGCUGUGAGCAUGUACUGCUGCGGUAAAGGCCAUACUGAAAUGGAAAGUUUAUUGCAAGUAGUGAAAGAAGCUGAUGGUCUCUUAUAUAUUCCCCAAUUGUGAUUACAUUUAUAGUACAAUAAUAUGUGGAGUUUCAUAAAUAAAGAUCAACGAGCAUGCAUGCCAAUAAUGUUAAGCCUACCGUGUUCUUCCUUACUAAAUUAAUCUUUACAUUUCUUAGUUGAGAUAUCUUAAUCCUGCUUGCUUUUUCAGACCACCAUACAACACAAUGCACUACCAAAACUAUAUGCAUCAUUAGAGUAAUCUUACAAAUAUGAAUUUUGUUAUUUUAAUGUACUAAAUUAAUUAUUUUAUUGUACUUUGUUCAUGCAUGAAUGAAGAACAGACCUGUACAAUACACACACUUUCCAACUACUCUGAUAAAUAUGAAACAGCGACCAAAAAUAUUUCAAAAGAAUUUUGCCCUUCGUCAAUCUCGCUCAAAUCCUUACGCUUCCUCAUUUUUCCUGCUUCUAACACAUCAACUUUGAGGACAAAAUGUUCACUUGCUGCCUAAUAUAUCCCACCCACUAACCAUGAUGAGGAGAUAAGCAGUCUUAUUCACUUCGUGUCAGUGCUCAUAAUGUUAUGGCUGAUCUGUGUACAUACAUUACACUGCCUCUACAAAUUUCAAAAGCAUGAAUUCACACAGGCAUAUUCUAUGUUGAUUUAAUAAAAUGCAGAACUUCACUACAACUUACUUCUUGCUCUAAUCUGAAAGGCAUGCAUGUUAAAGCAGUAGUGAAUUCUGAUUUCGGGGUCAGAUGUAACCAUGAGGCACCUUCAUUCUGAACCUUAUAUUCUGACAUAUGCAGAUCAACCAUAACAUUAUGACAACCUGCCUUAUAUUGUGUUGGCCCCCCUUUUGCUGCCGAAACAGCACUGACCCGUCGAUAGAAAGGUGUAUUCUGACACUUUUCUAUAAGAACCAGCAUUGACUUUUUUUUUUUUAAGCAAUUUGAGCAAUAGUAGCUCAUCUGUUGGAUCGGAUCACAUGGGCCAGACUUCGCUCCCCAUGUACAUCAAUGAGCCUUGGCCACCCAUGACCCUGUUGCUGGUUUACCACUGGUCCAUCCUUGGACCAUUUUUAAUAGACACUGACCACUGCAGACCGGGAACACCCCACAAGAGGUGCAGUUUUGGAGACACACUGAUCCAGAUGUCUACCCAUCACAAUUUUGCCCUUCGUCAAUCUCGCUCAAAUCCUUACGCUUGCUCAUUUUUCCUGCUUCUAACACAUCAACUUUGAGGACAAAAUGUUCACUUGCUGCCAAAUAUAUCCCACCCACUAACAGGUGCCAUGAUGAUGAGAUAAUCAGUCUUAUUCACUUCACGCGUCAGUGCUCAUAAUGUUAUGGCUGAUCUGUGUACAUACAUUACACUGCCUCUACAAAUGCAAAACUGCUUUGUUGAUUCUACCUUCUAUUCUGAGCAAUAAAGCACAAGAAGGGAAGAUAUUUGAAUUGACAGGAACCUAAUCAACAAAUACGGAGAACAGACGCUCCAUCCUAAAUGGCUGGAAAUCAGACUCCAGAUCCACAAAUGAUUAAAUGAAUAUUGUAGACCAACAUAACUAGGCCCAAAGAGGCCCACAAACUGUUUUUUGAACAGUAUAAAAAAAGCUACAGAACCCAGAGAAAAACUACAUAGAUACGAGAAGAACAUGGACCCCAGGGAUGUGAGGCAGCAGCACAUUAUUUUUUUCCACUCAGUUACUGAGCCAGGGAGCCCAGAGAGACAGCUGUUAUUUUUUUUUUCCCCCCCAGAGUAGACAUUUUACUGACAGUUUCCAAAAUGUAAGGGAAAAGUCAAAAAUCUUACAUUAAAGGGUGCUUGUAUUUAAAUAUUUAACAAAAAUAACAAAAACAGACCAAGAUUUUCCCGGAAAAAUGUGUGAUGAUUACCGGAAAGAAACAAUUACAGGGCCUUCAGAACAUGCUCUCAUUUGACACCUGCUGCCCUAAGUACUUGGCUGAACAACGUCAUCUUGCUGGGGAAAAAAAACAGGUUGCAUGAUGUUUCAUAAAGUUAGUCAUUCACACUAAAUAGUGCCACUGCAGUGCAGUCAAGGUUAGCGUAUUGGUAUGUGCUGAUGUGUAUAAAAACAUAGUAUACUGGACAAAGACAGCAUGUCUGUGUGUGUAUAGAAGAAGAGAGCUGGGGGAAAGACAGAUGAUUUCAUUGAGCACACUGGUUGUGAUUAUAAAAGGUUUGGAGUCAGCACUCCCAUCUCUCCCUAAACCCCCCACUCCACACCACCCCACCCCCAAACCUUGUCAGCAGCAGCUGGGGCUGUCUCUAUGCUGCAUUUCUCCACUGUCUCUUCCACCUCCCUCCUCCUGCUCACUCCUCAUUUCACCACUUUCAAAGAGCUCGGAUGCUGGUGGGAUGAGCAGCUUGCAGCAUUUGGGGUUUGAGCCAUCAGAGGCUUGCUCACCACCACAGCCCUGCCAUGCCAGGAGGGAAGCCCGGCCACGGACAUGGGUGAGAGAGGAGAACCACCUUUUAACUCAUUAAUGCUUAUUGCAGCUGAGAAGGGAAAAGGGGAGGGGAAGAAAUGAGCCUGAUGGAGGGGGUAAUAUAGAGAGUACAGAAGAGUAAGAGACGGAAAAGGAGAGACAGAAUGUGGGUGAUAAAGGACUAACCUGCCAUGCAGAGUAGCAGAAAAAAGAAAAAGACAGUAACUGAAAUUAUCCUCUGCUGCUCUAGAUUAGAGUAGCGCUAGGAAGAAGAGGUUAGAGUGUGGAAAAGAAAGGAAGAGAAAUGAUGGAACACUGAUGGAAAGGAUACGGACAGCUUACACAAUGUCUGCAUCUAUGCUGGCUUGCUUGCUGCUCCUGAUGCUAUGUACAGUGUCCGUGCUGGCAAUCUGUCCCCUGAUGUGUUCCUGUGGCAGGGGCCAUCGAGUGGUGGACUGCUCUGGCCAAGGCCUCGUACUGCUACCCAACAGCCUGCAGCACAACAUUCAUUUCCUCAACUUGUCCCACAACCGGCUACAAGACUUAGAUGGAGCUCUCGGCCACUUUGGCCACUUAAGAAUUCUGGAUAUCUCCCACAACCAUCUCAACCACCUUCCAGCUGGCCUGCCGCGGGCACUGUGGGACAUCCACGCAUCAGCUAAUCACAUUCGCCACCUUGAGAAAAACGACACUGCUUUCCACUGGAACCUGCAGUCCUUAGACUUAUCAAACAAUCAGUUAGAGCGUGUGGUCUUCAUUAACAACACACUACCCAGUCUACGAGCACUCAACCUAAGCCACAACAAGUUCUGGACUGUGCCAACCAACAUGCCCUACAAUCUGGAGGUGGUGGACCUGUCCCACAACUUUCUGCUACAGAUUCUGCCUGGCUCACUAGACCGCCUUCCCAGGCUGUCUCGAUUCUACUUGCAUGCUAAUCGCUUUGCUUUAUUGAGUGAGGGUGUGUUCAAUCGACUGGAAUCGUUGCAACUCCUUACACUUGGGGAUAAUCCUUGGGCCUGUGAGGAUGAGGAAAACAUGACACAUCUACUCAACUGGGUACAGCAGACCCCAGCAAAAGUGCUGGGCUGCCCUUGCUACAUCAGGCCUACGUGUGGGGAAGCCCACCUAUCCACCGCCAGAACCCGGAACUCGGCUUCAUACACUGAACCUCCACUGGGUGCGGACACACGUGAUCAACCACAUGUGCAGGUUGUCACUUCUGGAUAUCUGUCCAAAUCGGCACUGCUCAACUUUCCUUACAACUGGAGUACUGAGAAUUCCUCUGAAGCAUCUGAGCAGGCAAAGACCAAGGGUGUGGGACUGCUCACGUCCACGCCGUACAGUUUCUCAACCCAGACAAGCACAAUCCGUACACGGAGCGCCAAAAAGGCAUUGCCUGGCAGAGCUCGCAGCACAAGCAUCCAAAUCCAUCUCUGCAAACUUCAUACCCUCGCAUUAAACCUUUUGGGCACAGCAUUCAUCCUCAGUACCUUCUGAUUUUGCAUCAAGCUGGAAUAAUUCCUGCCCAAGAACCUGCAGUUGGUCAGGAUUUAAAACAAAUCUGCACCUUUAUGGAUAUAAGGAAGGUCAAAAGGAGGUUCUUAUCUUCUUGGAUGUUAACUACACAGUUUGAUUGUUCCUGACUCUAUGGGUAAUGCCUAUGGUGUGCGUGUUGGUCUGAGGGAAACCCUUCCAUGCUGUGGCUGAAUUCUGGCAAAUAACUGAAAAUUAUGAGGGGGGACAAAAAGACCAAAAUAGGGGUUUCUGCUUAUAUCACACUUUGACAAUUCAACUUGAAGGAACCAUAAGUAUAUUUAACCAAAAUGAACUGAAAACGUUUACCUUGCCUAGGCUUUCUACAAAGCUCAUGUUUGUAAGAAGAGAGUUUAAAAAAAAAAAAAAAAAGCAAGUCUUCCAAAAAGUGUCUAAAGUCUUUCCUCACACACUGAAAGUCAGAUUUUGAUCAGGUUGCUGUUUAGCCGAGUUGAAAACAAAUACUGACUCUUAAAUUGGCUACCCCCAAAUGUCAAAUGGAGAAAAACUGCAUUAAAGUUCCCUUCCACUGCAAAGAGAAAGGAAUUUUUAGGUAUCCCCCUUUUGACACUUGUGGGUAACCAGACAUCAAUAAUGUAAUGAUAAUAAUAAUGAUACAGAUAAAACAAAAAGAGCUCAGGAAAGGCUAAAGUUCACAGAUCUAUGCAUGGGAAAAAAAUGUCUAAAUGUCACUAGGUGAAGGGGUUUCCCUGGCCAUCACACAUAUAGUCUCUGUCUGCUUUAAUCAAACUGAAAAGUAUUCUCUAUGCAGUAUGUCUGUCAUGCAUAGUUAUCUUGCCAAACUAAUAGAAAUGCAUACAAAUGACUUAAAACAAUAGUGUUGGAAAAAAAAAAAAAAUCUCUCUCCUGUAUUAUGCUCGUCCAUAGAAAUCCAAACAUUUGGAAUGCAGUCUACUGUGAUUUUCAUAUAGGUAACACUUUCAAGGUUAUACAUGACACGCCAGGAAUCCACAUACUGCAGUCACAUGUAAUGAUUAACGUUUAAUGGUAUUUUAUACAUCAUACCGAGACCAAGAUAGCGAGAGACACUUCACUAAAAAUAAAAAAUAAAAGUCUAUCAUGCAAACAGAUGAUCUUAUAAAUGAUUGCUGCAUGUGUUGUGCUUGCUCUAUCUCUAAACAGAUAUGAUUGAUAUGUCUCAGCUGUCUAAAACUCCUAGGUGGGAUUUCACUCACUUAAACCUGUCUAGCCAAUUUCUCUUAGUGCUUCUACUACAUUAAGGCACUCCAGUGAGAGCUUUCCAAACACCCCACAGUAUCAUAAAGAUCACAGAGCAUUUAGCACUAGGUGAUGAUGCUGUAAGAGCUGAGCAAUGCUUGCUGACCAGAUCUUCUCCAACCAAAAAAAAAAAACCUUCAGCUUCGCCCAAGCUUUUUAUUUAAAAAAAAAAAAAAUUAAAUCUUGAGAGAUGUAGUGCUUUUUUUAUUAACACAUUUUUACUUUAUACUUCAAGUACAAAAUGGUUUUCAACAAAGCAUGAAUAGGGAUUACUAAUAUAGUUGACACCUAUUCAUACUUUACAAAGAGGCUAGAGAUAACAGUAAAAGUUUAUCAUUUAUAUACACAGAACACAUGUUAAGAAUGUUAAAAUAAAUGUGCUUAUUCAUAAAAUAAAGAAAGUCUUAAUAAAGCAACACAAUUUCACAUGUCCACAAAAAGUGUGGAUAUUGCAAAUUGCCAAAUGGCAGAGAUUCAGCCUUGAAUGGCUUUCAGAUGGCUGCUUGGAUAAAAAGCUGUGUGUAAAUACUGCAGUGAUGACCCGUUACCACUGUUGCACAAGAUGCUUGAGAAACGCUCUGAGAGCAAAGUACCCUUCUGUUGGGCUGAGUACAUCUUGGAAAAAUCUUUACUGUACACAUUUGCCAGUAAUUACAGACAACACUGGUAUUUAAUCUGAGGAUAAAGGUGCUAUUGUAAAUGUACAGUUUUUCCAAUUCAACACUAUGCUAAUCUGAAGAAUCAAGGUUUAGGAAUAAAUGAAAUAUACCAGAGGGAAAAAAUAUGCAAAUAUUUAAAAAAAAAAGAAAAGAAAAAAAAAAGUGGUAAGCAGAAAUCAAGUGCAAUACCAAAGUGUUUGGUUCCAAGGGUGUUGCUCUGACAGGAUAUUAUACAUUAAGGUUGACUGCACAAGGAAGUGCACAGAGACCAAAAAUAAAGCAACAGGCGAAUGAGGAGUAAAUAUCUGAAUGUACUAUAUUUAGCACUUUGAUUUCCAGCACAUGAAAUAAGGUCUACCUUACAGCUUGCAACAUGCCAAGAACCUAACCUCACUUAAGCACAAACUCCUGCUAUUGAUUCCAACAUGUUAGAAAAACGCAAAAUAAUUUACAAAGAAACAUGAGGAACUGCAAAUGCUCUACUAAUUGGUAUGCAUAGUGCAAAAUUAACCACGACAAAUGUGUUAAUACUGAUCUAGACAUUUUACAGGCCAGAAACGGACACGAAUUUAAGAGUGGUAGAUCUAAUGCACAGAAGUCAUUUAACUGAACUUUUGCAUUCAUUAGUAGAUGUAUUGUAAUAUAUUACAUUUGUGUGGCUUUCAGAUAUCAUAAGUAUUAACACUACUAGAUAAAUGAAGCAGGGCAAAUCCUUUGCUUAACUGUUCAUGCUUUGUGUUUGUAGAAGGCAAUAUGUUACAGACCAUCUGAUGUAAUCUAAACUUAGACAUAAAAUAUUAAUUUAGCAAGUUAACAAGCAUUAUACAUGCUGCUAGUAUCAUCACAAGUUUGUUUGAGUCAUUAAACACAAUGUUAAACAGCAAAGGCUAGCUUUGCUGCUCGUCAGGGUUAUAAUGGCAGAGGGCAAAUUUGUCUACACUGGGUAUUACAGAUUUUUGAGAAGUAUAGAAAUAAAACCACAACCCAUACAGCCUUAUUAUAGGUUUGAUGUCUUAAGUGUGUUUUUUUUUUUUAUUUUAUUUAUUAGAGAUGAAUUUACAGCACAACAAGCCUAAACAUCUUACCUUCGGGCAAUGUA